AUGUUAUAAUAAUACAAUUCAAUUGUUGUUGAUGCCAGUUACAUAAAUAAAAAUUACACAUAAGAAAGUGUAAUUGGAAAAGGAAGAGAUUUUUAUUUGGGAAUUUCAUCAAUAUGUUAUACAAUGUCACAUGCAAAGGAUGGAUAGAAAUAUAUUUUGUAAAUUUAUGAAAAUUUGGGACCUGAGAUAUUUAGAACAAAAGUGUUGUAACUUUAAAGAGCUAUGUUGGAAUGUGUUAAUGAAAUCAAUACAAGAAUAGUGAUGAUUGGAGAGAAAGAAAUAAAUGAUAAAUAAUCAGAUCUAUAUGUUUUAUAUAGAUUAAAUUAAUUGAAAAAGAGAUUAGAUUAAGAAGACUAAUUAAACUAAUAAUAGGCUUUAGAAUUGCUGAUAACAUUUUGUAAAAAUCUGCUUAUUACAGGUAAGUCAUAAUCAUAAUAAAUUAUUUAUAGGUCGCACAACUUACGAAUUUCUGGAUCUAGCACCUUAAAAUAUAUUUGUCGAUGGAGAUAAAUAUGUUAUUUCUAAUAUGGGAAUUUCAUACAAAGGCUCUAAGUUUCAUAGACCAUACAUACCAAGUACUGAUAACUUUUUUAAGGAUAAAUCCCUCGCAAAUUUAAUUUAUACAUAUUCUUUCUAAGCAGGUUUAGUUAUUUUAUGUGCAAUCACUAAGAUAAAUUCAGUCGAUUUCUUUUUUGAAGAUGGAUAACUAAAAGAUAAUAUAUUAUAAUCAGUUCUAAAAGUACUUCGAGAAAAUCAUAAAACUGAUAGGACUAAAGAAGAUUAAUAAAAAUUUGAUAAAUUCAAAGAUUAAUUAAAAAAAUAAAUAAAUUCAUUGGCUAAAGUGGAAAAGCCAUUUGAAGGAGAUUACAAAACUAUUUUGCCUAUUUUAUCUUAAAUUUUAUCUUUGGAUUAACAAAAAAGAUCUAUAUUUUAAUUAUUGAUUUGUUAUCCUGAUAAUCCAUUAAAAGUUGAAUAUCCAUUCUUUUAAUAAGCUAUUGAUGUUGAUCAAUAAUAUGUUGGAUUUGGUAAAUUAGAUGAUGAUAAGAUAAUACCUCAUGGAUAUGGAUAUGGAAAAUUUGAAGAUUAAUGGCAUUAUGGAAUAUUUGAAAAUGGUAGUUUAAGUAAAGAUGGAACUAUUGAAAUGAAAACAUCAAAAGCUGUUACAUAUAUUCUAUUAAAUUUAUUUGAAAAUCAUGCAAAAAUUAUUGUAGAAUUAAAUAAGUAUAUUUAUAUAGGAGAAUUUGAUGAAUAAAAAUAUAUUCCUAAUGGUUAGGGUGAAAUAAUAUAUGUGUUAACAAGUUAGAAGAAUUUACCAAAGAAAAGAUAAAUUAUUUAAUAUGAAGGAGAAAUAAAAUUAGGUGAAAAAAUAGAAGGAAAAGAAAUUUAUAGAAACAAAUCAAAUUUUGAUGGAAAAUUUGUAAAAAAUACUCCAAGAGAUGGAAUUUUUACAUAUGGUUAAAAUCAUUUGUUUGACGGAAUCAUUGAUGAAUUUAAAAGAACUAGUGGAAAAUUGUAUUUUGGUGAUUUAAUUUUUGAAGGAGAAUUUGAAAAUGAUAAACCAAAAGAUGGUGUUUUAAUUUAUGAGGAUGGAAGUGAAUAUAAGGGAUUAUUUCGUAAUGGAUAAAGAUGUAAUUUUGAUAUUAAAUAUUAGAUUGUUUGGAUGGAAAGUAUACAUAUAGUAACGGAAAAGUGUAAUAUCAAGGAAAUUUUAAAGAUGAUACUUUUCAUGGAAAGGGAGUAUUAAUUAUAUUAGAAACUAAUGAACAAAUUGAAGUAGACUAUGAAUAUGGAAGAUGUAAAACAGAUUUACCAGAAAAUUUUAAAGAGCUUUUGAGGAAAAAUAAAAAAUAAGUCAUGUAAAAAAUGUAAGAAAAAAAACCUGAUUCAAAAUAAUAGAAAAAUGAUGAUGAUUAAAUUGAAGAAGAUAUAGAUGGCGGAUUUGCUGAUGAUGAUGGAUAAUAUGGUCAUGAUUUAGAUGAUGAAGAUGCUUGA